AUGGAUCUUUUACUGGCCCUAGAUACAAUACGGAAUGCAUCUGAUCACUCUCUUCACUCUCAUGCUACACAGACCAUUUUGACACUCAGGAGGGUCGGUCAACGUCUUCAACAUAAUUUAUUUGCGGAGACUCCCAGUUUCCAGGCAUCGCCCAGCGAACUUACAAGCGUCCCAUCUCCCCCACAGUCACCCAGACCUCUUCAGUCUGCCGUCAGCCAUCAGAAAACUCUGGGAGACCCGAACGUUACAUCUCCACAAUUUUCUCGUUCUUCUCAGAUUGCCGGCUCUCCUGAUUACCAAACGACAGCAAUAAGACAUCCACCCGGUGGACCAUCUCCGAAAUCGCGCCAACCAUCUCUUUUAGAAUUUCCUACUCAAUCUCCUGACACUUGCCCGUUAUUACCAGGUAGAGACUCCUCCCUGAGCAUUGUAUCACCAGCACUGCUUAAUGCUCCCACUCCUCCCGAUCAUGUCCCUGACUUGCUGAAACGCGUCAAGCAAUCAGCAGAAUGGGCUUGGGAGGUUUGUCAAAAAGGAACAAGCCAUAUUUUGCCUCGCAAGCGGAAUUGCGACGAGGACCCUCGGCUGGAGCACAUAAGGCGCGUGGAAGGGGAUCGAUUUCUUGGCAAUGAGGAUAAACUCCUGAGGAUCCUUGCACUCAGAUCGAUUGCUCUGGAAUUCACGAAUAAGCAGAUAGACGACAAGGUAUCACCGACGAAGCUUGAAGAAAUUUGUGAGCACUCUUUGCUUCGGAAGCCUGCCCAGAAAAUCUUCAAAUAUGACAGCAAAGACUUCUCAUCCAAAGCCUUAUCUGCUGGCCUCAAGCAUUUGGUGUUGGAAAAGAUCAUUGCCGACCGUCUAGGACGAUGCGAUCUCCCGAACAUGUGCAAUGCAAUUUCCGCUAUCGUUGGUCUGCAUAUCGACCAAUUUCGAAGGUUGCGAUACAAUGAAAUGACAAACUUCGCGGACAAAUUGUUGUCAGAAGACAUGCAUGUUACGAUUUUGCAAAGUAAGGUUCAUUUGCUUGAUCUCGUGCGCGACCUUAGCCCGUACUUCAUCGAAUUACAGAAUUUUUACGAUGAAUUCAGGAUCGAUGUCGAGCCCACAGAACUACCCGCGAUUGAGUCCAUGUCAUGA